AUGCCCAAGAAGGACCUUUUCGCAAGUUCCUCCUCCGACGACGAGGAUGACGGCGCGGGCGGGGAGGCGUUGGCGCAGCAGAUGGCCGCCGCCGCCAUGCGGGAGCGGCGCCGCGACCCGCACGCCUACGCCCCCUUCUCCGCCGGUGAACAAAAGCGGCGGAUGACGGCGGCGCCGCACGAAGCGGUCCCCAGCGACGGCAGCGGCAGGGACGACGACGACGACGGCAUUCGCAUCAACAAACAGUACGCCACGAAGUACGAGGAGGUGAAGCGGCGGAAGGAGCUCCAGCAGCUGACGGAAAAGUACGGCAAACGGCUCCGCGGCGGCGACGCGGCGGAGGACGAGGAGGACGACGAGGACGACGAGGCCGUGCUGCUGACGGAGGAGAAGGAGUUGGCGUUCGCCAAGGCGUUCCUCGCCAUUCGUCGCUCGGCCGUCCAGCACGCGGGGCCGCGCCCGCCGGGGGAGGCGUCCGCUCCCGACGGCGAGGGCAAGGCGGAGGAGGCGGCGCUGGGGCCGCAGGCCGCCUUUUUCCCGCCGACGGAGGAGCAGGUGCGGGAGAACACGGAGAUCUUCGCGCGGUCCGUCGCGCGGAAGCGGGAGCAGCGGAAGAAGUUCACCCUCGCCGACGAGUACCGCCGCGGGGUUGAGGCCCACGCGGGCGCUGGCGGGGACGACGGUGAGAACGGGCAGGAGUCGCCGCCGCCGCAGCAGCAGCAGCAGGGGAACCGCCGCAUUCAGCCGCAAACCGCCAAGGAGCGUCAGCUGCGCGAGUGCUUCCUGCAGAGCGUCGCGGAGAGCACGGAGACGUUUGCUGUGCAGCCCGUUCUCGCCCCGCAGCAGCAGGGGCAGGAGGGCGAGCAGGAGACUUCCGCGAAGGCGAAGCGGUUGCUGGAGGGCGCCUUCGCGAUCCGCGACACGGGCGCUGGCGCGACGGCGGCUGACGACCCCGAUGAGUCCUUCCUGCGCGACUUCUUCGUGGGGGAGCUGUGGAAACCGGAGAAUAACAGGCGGCGACGACAAAAGUUGACAAAAAUGAACGCAGACGGUGAGGCCGACUCCCAUGCGGACGAAGAGGACGAUGAGGAGGAGGAGGAUGGGAACCACUACGCCGCGCUGGCCGAGUUGGCGCAGGCAGAGGCGGACGAGCGCUUCUACGCCGAUGCCGAGGCGUGGGAACGGGCCUACCAGGACCGCGCCUACCGCCACCAGGAGGAGGAAGCCGACCACGUGCAGACGUUUCCGCGCGCCAUUGGCGAAAACGCCGCCGGGAUUUUGCGCAAAAGCGUCCGGUCCUCGCGGAAGGACGCCCGGCUGCGCAGGCUGGAGCGGAUGAAGGAGCUGCGGGAGCAGCAGGUGGCGGAGCUGCGGCGGCUCAAGACGCUGAAGCGGCACGAGAUAGAGUCGCAGCGGGCCCUCAUCGCCUCCGUCGCCGGCAUCACGAGGGGGCAGGAGGGAGGGCUGCGUGGCAGGAAGGAAAAGGCGGGCCCGCGAGGGGACGACGGCGACGACGAAGAGGCAGCGGCGAUGGCCCGGCUGCAGGCCCUCUGGAGCGAGAAGGACCUUGAGGAGGAGUUUGACCCGCAGAAGUUCGACCGGAAGAUGGCGCAAAUCUUUGACGACGCCUACUACGACGAGGACAACGUCGACGAGGAGGAACUCGCCUUCUUUGAGGAGGCGGAGGAGGAGGCCGGCGACGGCGACGACGACGACAACGGGGCGACGGCGGACGGCGAGAGCGGCAGCGCCACCGGCAGUCCGCGCGGGGAGGGAGAGGCGGAGGAGCCGGCGUGGUACGCGGCCCACUCGCUGGAGGAGGCGGCGGCGAUGACCACCGGGAGCCCGACGGACCGGGCGCGGGCGAAACGGGCGGCGGUGCCCGAGGUGGACGACGCGCUGGCGCUGCUGUACCCCUCCGCCGUCCUGCAGGCGGCAGAGGCGGACCGCUCGCCAGGGGGCGGGCGCCGCGAACGCAUCGAGCACAUGCUUCAGCAGCAGAAGCAGGGGACUGCAGGCGAGCAGGGCGCCAGCGGCAAGACGGGGGAAACCCUGCAGCGGCUGCAGGCGGAGCUGGAGAAGAAGGAGACGGAGUACUGGCAGCUGCACCACGACGCCACGCUGGACGGCGGCGCCAUCAAGACCCGCUUCAAGUACCGCCAGGUGGCACCGGAGGACUUCACGCUGAGCGUGGAGGAAAUUCUCGCGCGCGACGACCGGCAGCUCAACAUGCUCGUCCCCAUGAGCUGCUACGCGGCGUACCUGCGCGAGGACGCGAACCGGCGCGAUCGCCUAAAGGUGGAGCGGCGACGGCAACGCGGGUUCCGCGAGGUUGCCCCCACGCGCAGCUCGCGCCGCUACGGCGACGUCGCCAAGACGGCGCUGGUGGACGUUGACAUGCCGGCGGAGGAGGGGGAAAAGUGGUCGGAGGCCGUCCGCGGGGGGCUGCGCCGGCUGCGCGAGUCCGCCGCUGUGGACGCGGACGACGGGCACGGCGGGGACGGGACCCGCCACGGCAAAGGCGCCGCAAAGCCCCAGCAGCAGCAACUGCAGGAAAAGAAGACGACGCAUCCGCACAAGAAGCCGCGCUACGAGGGCGAAGAGGGCGGCGGGCUGCCGCGGCGUGGCGGUGGUGGACCUGUUGCUGCUGGGCGCGGCAGCGGUGGCCGUGGUCGCGGCAGAGGACGCCGCGGGCUCUGA